UGUGCCACAUUCUUUACCAACCCAAAGCUCGACUAUAAGCCCACCGCCAAUAGCACGUUGUGCCAGACGACCACGAAAUCACGAAAUACUACCGUCAUGACUUCAGCAACCGCUGCCGAGGAGAUGGAGCGACUCCAGCUUUCCGACGGAGAUACCGAAGAACUGUGGAACUCCCCAUCCCAACGGCGCACGAAACCAAUCAGCCAGAAGACCUCUACGACACCAGAGGAGCGAACGCAGCAUCGGGACAGCGAAUUCGUGUACGGCCGAGAGGAGGCCCGGGAGCAAGCGCUGCGCAAUGAAUUGCAACGGGUGAGGACCGUCAACCAAGCCAUUGAGGGGGUUUUGGAGAGUCUCCAACGAGCUCGGGGAAACAUGGAGACUGUUUCCCGGACCGUCGACUCUGCUUCAACAUUAAUGAAUACCUGGACUCGGAUCCUGUCGCAAACAGAGCACAACCAGAGACUACUUUUGAACCCCCAAUGGCAAGGCGCCACCCACGACAUAUCUGAGAUGGAGAACGAGGCGUUAGCGAAACAACAAGCCGCCGAGCGGAGAGAAAGGGAGCUUCAAGAACGCAGGGAGGCGGCUCGAAGAGCGGAAGAAGACAAGAAGCGAACCGACAGUGCUACGGCGACUAGCAGAGGCCGUGCCACAUCUAGAGGAAGGGUAGUACGCGGAGGGUUGGGCAGGUCCACGAGUGUUUCCUCCAAGAGCAAGCCAGGCACCCAAACCACCUCGUCGACAUCAACACGACGGCCAGUCAGCGGUAUCGCGCGAGGCGGAGGGACAACUCGCGGCCGUGAACACCAGCCGAUCACCAUGAAUUUCGCUCCUUACCAAGACGACUCGCCCGAAGUCGAACGAGCACUCUCUCCGCCCCCAUUCGCCGACCCGUUCAAUCGUACCAAAUCACCGCCAGCUCAACAACAACAACAACAACAACAACAGCAGCAGCAGCAACAGCGAUCAACACCGUCCCCUCAGCCAAAGCAGGCACCGCCAAAUUAUUACUCUCAUCCAAAUACCAACAAUGGAUACAUUGAUUACAGCGCGUCCUCGAGCGGGUUUGGAAACACGCCGGCCUCCGACAGUCCGUUACAUCAACAAGACUACGGUGGACGGGCAGACCUCGGCGCGUUUGAUACCAGUUUACCAUUGAGAAUGGAUUAUGAGGCUAUGCUGGCAUACAUAUUAUUGCCACCUGCCGGUGGUGUCGCUUUGUUGUUGCUCGAGCACAAGAGUGACUAUGUCCGGUUUCACGCAUGGCAAUCAAGCAUGCUGUUUAGCGCUAUAUUCGUCCUUCAUCUGAUUUUUUCCUGGUCAAGCGUAAUCUCGUGGCUCAUGUUUAUUGGAGAUAUUGCCCUCAUUGCAUUCUUGAGUCUUCAUGCCUAUCAAGACGUUGACUCCCUCGAGCACUACGAAGUCCCCUUGUUCGGCCGUCUGGCAAAUUCAUUUGUAGACGAUGAAUAA